GUUGUGUUGUCGUUGUUCCGUUCGUUGUUGUUUGAUGUCAAAUUCAUCAACAAUAACAAUGAUGAAAACGAAAAAAGUAUGGAGCAGUUGAAAAACCUUUGAAAUUUGGAGCUUUGUACCAUUUUUUGCUAAUUCAACGGCCAAAUGUUUUUUCUUGGAAUAUAGUUUAUAUACAGAUAUCUUGGUAUGUUCCCGUUCCAUUCUUUCAAAGACACCAGAAAAUUAUAUUUAUCUACUUUACUAAAACAAACAUUUUGGAAAUGGCCAUUCUACCCCCCGAUCCUGUGUUUUGUUUCAAAGGAGAUAUGGGAUAUAUUCACAACUUGAGUUUCUGCACUAGAGGGAACCAGUUUGUUUCUCACAUAUUAGCUGCUACUGAAAAGGGCAUUGUAUACUUCUGGGACCUGGAAACAAACAGACUUCAACACAAACAAGAAAUGGGUGGUUCCUUGCAGGCCAUACAUUCUAUAGAUUUUAGAAUCAUCACACAAGAAAAAACUGGCUCCAUCAACUUGUGGUCAGUAAAUGGUAGCAGCUAUGAGAUAACAGAUACCACCAAAUGUACUAGUGGCUACUGCAAGAGCAUUUUAGUGAAUGAAUCUCUAAUUGUUUCUGAUGAAAAAGGUACAGUAGAGAUUUUGGAUAUAAAUAAUCUGGAAAAAAUUGGUGUUUUGAAACCUGAUAUAUCAGCACAUGGGCAUAUAAUGGCACUGGAGAAAGUGAUGAUUGAUGAUAAAGUUUACAUAAUGGCUGGAUAUGAAACUGGCGACAUCAUAUUGUGGGACUUGAACACUUUCAAACCUUGUGGUCACUUGAAACUACAUGAACAAAUAACUUCGCUCACUUUCGAUCCGUGUACAAGAAGAGGGGUAUGUGGAAAUUCCUCAAAUGCCCUACAGAUGUUCACCAUUGACAAAGAUUUCAAUAUGUCUUUGAAGUUGGAGCUGUCGCUUACUAAUGAAGGCUGCAACAUUGUCAAAUUGCGUCCGGAUAAAAAAAUUUUAGUAUCUGGAGGCUGGGAUGGAAGACUGAGAAUGUUCUCUUGGAAGACUCUAAGGAUUUUAGCUGUACUGGCAGAACAUAAAGGACCCAUAACAGAUGUACAAUUUUCACCACAUGUGGUGAAAUAUUGGAAUUCGAAUAUCAUGGCAGCCAGUGGAGCUGAUGGGAUCAUUAGUCUGUGGAGUUUGUACAAUUGAAUUUUGUGAUUUUAUUGUUUUUUUUUACAUUAUUAAGCUGUAAAAAGUUAUUACCAGACUUAUUGCUUUGAGAAGUAUACCUAAUUGCAAUUUUGA